UUCUUUAUCAUUUUUUUCCCCUAGUUUAAUGGAUCGAGAAGUGGCAUUGCUUGCUGAAAUGGACAAAGUGAAAGCUGAAGCAAUGGAGAUCCUGCUCGGCCGGCAGAAGAAAGCGGAGGUUCUGAAGAAGAUGACAGAUGUGGCCGUCCGCAUGUCAGAGGAGCAGUUGGUGGAACUCAGGGCUGACAUCAAGCACUUUGUUAGUGAGCGGAAAUAUGAUGAAGAUCUUGGAAGGGUAGCCCGGUUCACCUGUGAUGUGGAGACUCUGAAACAGAGUAUCGAUUCAUUUGGACAAGUGUCCCAUCCAAAGAACAGCUAUUCAAGCAGAUCUCGAUGCAGCUCAGUGGUGUCCAUGUCCUUGAGUGGCCCGGGUGAUGGUCCUGCUGCUUCCUCUUCGCCGUGUGCCUCUGUCCCCAGCCUUCCAGGUGCUAACAAGAGAAACUGUGCCCCAGGGGAGACUUCAGCAGCCGUGACAAACCCAGUGACAGGCCCUGCCAGGCUCAUCGGGAGGUAUUUCCAGGCAACAGGCGAGGAGGACAAGGCUACAAGCCACAAAACCAAAAGACCACUGACCCCACAAACCAAGGGCGGCAUGACAGUGUGGUCGUUACAGAAACAGCUCGUGGUAUUCAUCGGGGUCCCGGUAUCAGAGCACUCCACCUCAGGCCCCAGGAAACUCGGAAUGGAGCCCCGCUUACUCUGCAGGGACCAAUGGGAUUGGAGCCAGCGCCGUGCCUAGUCCACCCAAGCCUUCGUUCAAAAAGGGGCUCCCCCAGCGCAAACCGAGGACCUCUCAGGCCGAAGCCGUGAACUCUUGAGGGAAAUUCCAGUUGGCCUCUCUCUUCUGUCCCAUUCAGUUCAACCUAGUAACUGGACUUUAGGAGAUGUACACUUAGACAUAAUAACAAAAAGAAAUGUAU